AUGGGCUUCAUCACGGGAUUCUUCAGCGGCUUUGCCCUGACUACCUCCCUCUUAUACAUCACGCUUCAAGUCCACAAGGAAACACGCCUGGAGCAGCGCAAAAUCAUCCGCGAACAAGUGGACCGAAUAAACUAUCUCGCCGCUUCCUCCGGCGCAUACGACCGUCGCUUCGAGCCUCUGUAUACACCCCGCCGCCUCGAAGACCGUGCAGCUCGACGAAGUGAAGAAUCCGAUAUGAAAGAGGUCCUGAAGCAUAGAUGGAACAAGGAGGUCGAGAAACUGGCCCGAAAGGCGCAUGAAACUCGAUGGGAGGAUGUGACGGACACGGCGACUGAAGGCUGGAAGGCAGCGGUCAAGUUUAUCAAGCGGGAUUAG